AUGGGAGACCGAAAGGAGCGCGAACGCGAGCUCUUCGGGAGCCCCAUCUCGAGCUCCAGCGACGACGAGAGGGACGAGGGCACGGCGUGGAAGAGGCGGCCGAAGGAGCCCACACCGCCACCACCACCACCCAGGGAGCGGAAGGUGCCUCGUCGGGGGACUUCCAUCCAACGGUCCGACGCCGACCAACGGCGGAAGGCGAGUCUCCUCGCCCAACUCCCCCCACCACCACCCAGGGGACGCCGGACUCGAAGGAAGCUCCCCGAGGGAUACGCCGCCAAGGCUCCCCCCGCGCCCCCUUCCACGCCCCCCGCCCCUCCACCGCCCGCACCACAUCGCGCCGCGCCGCUCAGACCCCUCGCGGCCAUUACGCCGCCCACCACGCCGCCACCAGCGCCGGCACACCACGGCUAUCGCACUGUCCGGUCCGCGCCGCCCCUCCCGAAGGGAGCCAACCCGGCACCGCCGGUGAGGUACACCCCCCCGGUGCGCGUGGCCUUACCGAACGGGAGGGUGGUGGCGGUGCCAUUCCACGCCGCCGUGGUGCGCCGAAAAUACAGAGUUACUGACACCGGCGAUCGAUGGAUAAUCCGCUUCGAUCGCCGGGGUCAGCCCCGGGCAAUCCGGCCAUUGCCACCCGCGCCUUCCCCUUCCCCCUAA